CACUGAAAAGAGUCGGCUCACUGAACCGAUUCUUUAGAGAACGACACAGCGUUACUCGGCACUGAGAAACCGAAAGCUUCAUUUCAUCAAGAAAACUCGACCUUCAGACACGAACAGACUUUCUGUUUAAUCUCUUUUCACCAGAUCAUUACAGCUUCUGCUUUAGGACACGUCCCAAACCACACACUACUGCACUGGUGUCUACACUGGGCUACUUCCUGUUUAGUGUGCACUAUGUGAUUUUAGACACAGCCUGGAAUUCCCCUUGACAAUAAUGAAGCUGCAGUACCGUUCAUCACCUAAAGAGGGCGUCUACAUACUAGACUUUUAAAUAUACAGCAAAUUAUAUUUGGACUCAUGAAAGAAAGAACAACCACAGAACCUAACAAAAACAUUCAAUGAGUGUAAGAGACGGCGUUAUACAGACAUCAGAAAAUGAGAAGUCUACAGAGUGAAGAUGAGUCGUACCCAUGGGAGGUCAUCACCAAACUUGAAUUUCAUCUUGUUUGGAAAAGCAGGUUCAGGAAAAAGUGCAGCAGGAAACACCAUAUUAGGGAGAAAAGCUUUCACCUCUAGGAGAAGUCCCACCUCUGUUACUCGAGAUGUUCAAAGUGAAGAAGGCACAGUUUGUGGACUCUCAGUGUCUGUUUAUGACACUCCAGGGUUCUGUAACACUGAGCUGAGUGAUGAUCAGAUCAGACAGAAAUGUCAGAGUGUCCUCACCUCGUGUGAGUCAGAAUCAGACUUCUGCACGUAUCUCCUAGUCAUCAGGGCAGAGAGGUUCACUAAGGAACAGCAGAAAGCUGUGCAGGAGAUCGAGUCACUGUUAGAACCAUGUCAGAUGGAAAAGACCUGGAUCCUCUUCACUGGAGGAGAUGAUCUAGAGGACGAGGAGCAGACCAUAGAGGAGUUUAUCAGGGAUACAGAACCUCUGAAGGAGCUGGUGCAGCGAUACAACAACAGAUACCACGUCUUCAACAACAAGAUACACAAUAAUAACAAGCAGGUUGAAGACCUUCUGGUCAAAGUUUCCAAGAACAUCUUACACUCUGCAUCACAUCUGAGCAGAAGAAAGACAGAAACUCCACCAGUGAGCAGCAGCAGCAGUUCUGAGAGGAGGAUUGUGCUGUUGGGGAAAACUGGAGCUGGAAAGAGUGCAACAGGAAACACCAUCCUGGGGGAGAAAUGUUUCAAAUCUAAAUUCAGUCUGAAUUCAGUCACCAGUAGGAGUGAAGUUCACCAGGGUCGUGUUGGAGACAAUGAUGUGUGUGUGGUUGAUACUCCAGGUCUCUUUGACACUUCUGCUGAUCUUGAUGUGAUAGCUGAGGAGAUAGUGAGGAGUAUUGAUAUGUCCAGUCCAGGUCCUCAUGCUUUCCUCAUUGUUCUGCAGUUGGGCAGAUUCACAGAUCAGGAAAUGCAAAUUAUUGAGAACAUUGAAAUGAUCUAUGGAGAAGAAGUGAGGAAAUAUGCAAUGGUUCUUUUCACCCAUGGAGACCAAAUACAGGGAGAAAACAUAAAGGAUCUGAUUAAAGAGAAUAAGAGUUUAUAUAGACUAGUGCAGCAGUGUGUGGGGGGGGGGUAUCACGUGUUUAAUAAUAAAGAUAAAAAGAACAGAGAGCAGGUCAGUGAGCUACUGCAGAAGAUCAACAACAUGGUGGAGAAGAACGGAGGAAGCUGCUACUCCAAUCAGAUGUUUGAGGAAGCAGCACAAUUCAGAAAGGAGGAGGAGGAGAGGGUGAGGAGAGAGGAAGAAGAACAAAAACCAAAAGAGGAAGAACAAAGAAAGAAAGAAAUAGAGAAUAUAAAGAGAGAGACAGAGCAAAGAGUCAGACAGGAAUUUAAAGAAAAGAAAGAGAAAGAGGAAAGAAUCAGUCAGAAGGAGGAGAGAAAAAAUAGAGAGAAAAGAAUCAGAAAAGAAAUACAUUCUUGCUGCUGCUAGGGUUGGUGCUAGUGUUGGUGCUGUUGUUGGUGUUGGUGCUGCUCCUGGUGCUGUUGUUGGUGCUGCUGUUGG